AUGUUCUUUUUGUCUGAUUUUUGUGUUUCUUUUGUCUUUCAGACCACAUUAACAGAGGUGCAAUUUGGACCAAUGAAGUUAUUUAAAGACCCACUUCAGGUACUUUUAGUUUUUGCCAAAGAGGACGGUCAGAGUAAUGGCUUCUGCUGGGCGUGUGAGAAGGCCAACUACAGGUGCAGCAUGGCGCGGACACCUGAGUCGGCUCUUGAGUGCUUCUUGGAGAAGCAUCACGACCUGGUCAUCAUUGACCACAGACAUUCCAGACACUUUGAUGCUGAAGCACUAUGCCGGUCAAUUAGAGCGGUCAACUCUUCAGAAAACACUGUGAUAGUCGCCGUUGUGAAAAGGCCCGACAGAGAGGAAGCCUCUGUGAUGCCACUGAUCAAUGCCGGCUUUAAUAGGGUGCCCGCCGUCUUUGACCUGUGCCGCUCUGAUCCUCAGAGAUACGUGGAAAAUGCCAAUAUGAUGGCCUGCUACAAUGAGCUGCUACAGUUGGAGCACGGUGAGGUGCUGGCACAGUUCAAACUGAGGGCUGGCAAUGCCAUUUUCACAGCGCUGGAACAAAGCCAAGACGCCAUAGAGAUCACUUCUGAAGAUCAAGUUAUUCAGUAUGUGAAUCCUGCCUACGAGUCCAUUAUGGGCUACCAACAAGGCGAACUAAUAGGGAAGGAAAUAAUAGAAGUGCCUAAAAGUGAGAAGAAUAAGCCUGAUCUCCUUGAAACAAUAAACUCCUGCAUACGGAAAGGAAAGGAGUGGCAGGGGACUUAUUAUGCCAAAAAGAAGAAUGGAGACAGCAUUCAACAAAAUGUGAAGAUCACACCUGUAAUUGGACAGGGAGGGAAAAUCAGACACUAUGUGUCUAUCAACAGGCCUUUAAAUGAUAAUAAUAAGAGCGAUAGAUCCAGUGAACGUGUGCAGGCAGAGUCUCAGACAGACAUACAAUCCAGUAAGCACAAGGACCGAAGGAAAGGCUCUCUGGACGUCAGAUCAGCGUCUCGGGGGAGUGAUGGGAGCUCACAGAGAAGACACUCCUCAAUGGCCCGGAUACACUCCAUGACCAUAGAGGCCCCCAUCACCAAGGUGAUAAACAUCAUAAACGCAGCGCAGGAAAGCAGUCCCAUGCCCGUGGCGGAGGCGUUGGAUCGUGUGCUGGAGAUCCUGAGGACCACGGAGCUCUACUCUCCACAGCUGGGCACCAAGGACGAAGAUCCCCACACGAACGACCUGGUCGGGGGGCUGAUGACGGAUGGUUUGCGCAGAUUGUCAGGAAAUGAAUACAUCCUCGCCACAAAGCAGCCUCACCAUCUCCCCAGCCACUUGACAACCCCUCUGUCAUUAAAUGACAUCCCCCCUCGGAUUGCUCAGACCAUGGAGAAUGAGGACUGCUGGGACUUUGACGUCUUCAACUUGGAGGCUGCAACCAUGAAACGACCUUUGACCUACUUGGGCCUGAAGAUCUUCUCCCGCUUUGGGGUCUGUGAGUUCUUAAACUGCCCCGAAGCUACUCUGCGCUCAUGGUUGCAAGUGAUUGAAGCGAAUUACCACUCCAGUAACUCCUACCACAACUCCAGCCAUGCAGCUGAUGUCUUGCAUGCUACUGCAUAUUUUCUUUGCAAGGAGAGGGUCAAGCAAAGUUUGGAUCCCAUUGAUGAGGUGGCCGCGCUGAUUGCAGCUACUGUGCAUGAUGUGGACCACCCGGGCCGCACCAACAGCUUCCUCUGCAACGCGGGAAGCGAGCUGGCCAUCCUCUACAACGACACGGCCGUGCUAGAGAGUCACCACGCUGCACUGGCCUUCCAGAUCACCACAAGAGACGAUAAAAAUGAAUACCGGACGUUACGACAGGCCAUCAUAGAUAUGGUGCUCGCAACCGAGAUGACCAAACACUUUGAACACGUCAACAAAUUUGUGAACAGCAUCAACAAGCCACUGGCUGCUUUGGAGGAGAAUGGGGGCGUUUGGGAAUCCGUGAAAAGAUUUUUGACAUCCCCCGAAAACCCCUUUUUGGUCAAGCGGAUGUUGAUUAAAUGUGCGGGCAUCUCCAACCCGUGCAGGCCUCUGGAGCUCUGUAUAGAAUGGGCUGGGCGCAUCUCGGAGGAGUAUUUUGCACAGACGGACGAAGAAAAGAGACAAGGCCUGCCGGUGGUUAUGCCUGUGUUUGACAGAAACACGUGUAGCAUCCCAAAGUCCCAGAUUUCCUUCAUAGACUACUUCAUUACAGACAUGUUUGAUGCAUGGGACGCUUUUGCAGACCUCCCCAAUCUUAUGCAGCACUUGGACAACAACUUCAAGUACUGGAAAGGCCUGGAUGAGCGGAAGCUGCACAGCCUGCGGCCCCCUCCGGAGUAG